UGUGGGAAAAUUGUGGGAUACGAUUGUGAUUGUGGUGAAUCCCUAUGUUAUCAAUUUGUUUAUGAGAAAUAGUUAAAAGUAUUAAACUAGCUUUUACCUUUUAAGCGUAAACAUUAAUAAUAAAUCAAGAUGACAUCAAUUUUUGAUCAAUAUGAACAGGCCUCUCAGGUUUCACAGCGUUCUGUACCAGCCUCUGAACAGAUGACGUCUUCUGGAUAUAUCAAUAUGCAGUUAAAUGAUAACACACCUAUGUUUUCCAAGCAGAAGAUGAAUUUUAAUCCAUCUGACUUGAUAACUCACGUUGCUGUUUGCAGUGACUACUUAGUUCUUGCUAUGGCUAAUGGAAAGCUGUUUAGGCUUGAUUUAAAAAUGCCUGAUCAACAUGAAGAAAUACAUUACUCAAAGUUUGUGCAACCAAAUACAAAACUAACGUCCAUAUUCCUGGACCCUCUCGGCUACCAUCUCCUCUUGGCCUUCACUCCAAGGAACAAGGAUGGGAACCCUGAACUUGUAUACUUACAUCGUAAGAGCAGCAAGCUUAAGACAGUUACAAAAUCUAGAAAUUACGAAGUAACCGAAGUCGGUUGGAAUUAUGAAAAUAAGUCGAUAAACACAACUGGGCCCAUAUUACUUGGAACAUCUCAAGGACAUAUAUUAGAAACUGAAUUAGAAGCUGACAGUGAUAAAAUGUUUACAGCCAGCCAGCAGUACUGGAGACAGCUGCCUAAUUAUCUGCCUUUAUAUGGAGGCAAGGAGAUUGACGGUUUGAUAUUUGAUAUUGGUAAAGGUCAGGACACACCAAUAACUGGGAUCCAAUUCCAUAGAGUAGCAAACACAAGCAAGUACUUCAUAUUUGUUACAACACCAACAAGAUUGUACCAGUUUAUAGGACAUGCUAUGAUAGCGGAUGAUAAACCAUCCCUCCAGUCCAUAUUCCAUACAUAUCUCACAACUCCAGAGACCGGUUUCCAGGAAAUACCAUCCACCUUAAAAUAUUCGAAACUUCAAUUCUAUUUUGAUAAAACAAACACUCCUAAAACAUUUGCUUGGUUGACAGAGCCUGGCAUAUUUUAUGGACAAUUAGACCCAACGUCGCAACAAAAUUCUAACUCACUUUUUACUCAAAGUGAACUCAUUAACUAUCCAUCAAAUGGUACUAACAGCAAAGAUAAUACACCACUCUCUUUCGUCCUAACAGAAUUUCAUGCGAUUCUUAUGUACCCUGAUAGAGUUAAAGCUGUAUCCCUGUUGAAUCAAGAACUCGUCUAUGAAGACAAAUACUCCGAAGUUCAUGGAAAAUUAAAGAACAUAGUAAAAGAUCCGAUAAGACGAACUAUUUGGGCCGUCACAGGCAACGCUGUCUUUAGAUACAAAGUCAGUCGAGAGGAGAGAAACGUAUGGAGGAUUUAUUCGGACAAAGAACAAUUCGAUUUAGCAAAACAAUAUUGUCAAAAUAAUCCUGCUUUUAUAGAUAUCAUAAACGUGAAACAAGCGGAAUUGCUUUUCACUAAAGGCGAUUACGAGAAAAGCGCAGAAAUUUACGCGGAAACACAAAGCAGUUUUGAAACAGUUUGCUUAAAGUUUUUGGAAGUGGAGCAAGUUAAUGCGCUAAAAGUUUACUUAGGAAAGAGACUGAAUGCUUUGGAUGACGACAAAACUCUAAUAUCGAUGAUUGUGAUUUGGAUGACAGAGCUAUAUUUAUCGCAGUUGGGGACAAUGAGACGUACUGGUAAAGACGAUUCACAGGAGUACCAUCAAAUUCAGAGUGAUUUCGAAGUAUUUUUACUUCAGCCAAAAGUAGUCAAGUGCAUGCAGCAUAUAAAAUCAGUGGUAUAUGACCUGAUGUCCUCCCAUGGAGAUAAACAGAACCUUAUUAAAUUGACAGUAAUCAAUGAGGACUAUGAAAAUGUAGUCGCCCAAAACAUUUACAAGAAAUCGUACAUGGAAGCUUUAAAAAUGCUGACGACUUUGAAGAAAUCUGAUUUGUUUUACCAAUUCGCGCCAUCUCUACUGGAGGAAAUACCCAAGCAGACGAUUAACGCUCUAAUCGCUCAAGGACCUCUACUAAGCCCUUCAAAAUUAUUACCAGCAUUUCUUUCUUGUAAGAACGAUGAAGUCCAUAUUACUGAAAUUAUAAGAUAUUUGGAGUUCAUGCUUCAAAAUUACAACGUUAAAGAUCGAGCGAUACAUAAUUACUUGUUGACAUUGUAUGUGGAAAACGACCAGCAAGCUUUAAUGAGAUAUCUUGCAAGACAGGGUCAAGAAUUGACAAUGGUCAAUUAUGAUGUUCAUUAUGCUUUGAGGCUAUGUAGAGAGAAAGGUCUCUCCGAGGCAUGUGUGAAGCUGUCAGCUCUACUAGGCUUGUGGGAGUCAGCGGCUGAAUUAGCAUUAGAAUUGGAUUUAUCUUUAGCGAAAAGUCUCGCAGAUAUGCCAGAUGAUAUAAGCUUGCAAAGGCGAUUAUGGCUGGGCAUUGCUGAACAUGUUAUAACGAAGAAUCAAGAUAUAAAAGAAGCAAUGAGUCUGCUCGAGGAGUGUCCCCUUAUUAAAAUAGAAGAUAUCCUGCCGUUCUUCAGCGACGUCGUUACUAUUGAUCACUUUAGGGAACCAAUUUGUCAAUCUUUGCAGGAAUACAACAAUCAAAUAGAGGAGUUAAAAGCUGAAAUGGAAGAUGCCACAAAAUCGGCUGAAUAUGUGCGCGGCGAGAUCCAGUCGUUCCGCGCGCGCGCCGUGCUGGUGGGCGUGGCGGACGCGUGCUGCCUGUGCGACAUCGCGCUGCUGCUGCGGCCCUUCUACCUGUUCCCCUGCGGACACCGCUUCCACGGCGACUGCCUGCUGGCCGAGGCGCAGCCCGCCCUAGCUCCAGCGCGUCGAAAGAAACUUACAGAUCUCCAGCGGCAGCUCGCCGUGCUGUCGAACAUCGAACUGUCCACGGUGACGUCGAGUGGGCUGCCCCUUAGAGAAGUAUUGAGGAAUGAAGUGGACGACAUUGUGGCCAACGAGUGUAUCUUCUGCGGCGAAUAUAUGAUCGCUUGCAUCGACAAGCCGUUCAUCGCUAAUGAAGACUGGGACCGAGUCAUGAAGGAAUGGGAAUGAAUGAAUUAUUGAAUAAAGAUAACCAGUAAAAUGGGAGUUUACGAUUGAACUCAUUCCUAGUGAUUGUUCGCAUGGGAGUGUUUUAGUAUUGACUGAUUUUUUUAUUAUUUUAAAUUAGCUUCCAAAGAGAACUGUGGAUAUCUUAACACUGAACAUUUGAAUUUUAUAAAUACUAGAUAUAUGAUGGGAUAGGCUUGCGUUGGACCACUAUUUCACCUGAUGCUGAUAUCAAGUGAAAAUGCGGUCUAGGAUGGAGCACGCAUACCUAGAAGUAACCUCGUGACUUAAAGAUCCCCAGGAACUAUUUCAUAUUGAAAGUUUGCCCAUUUGUUACUUCAAAAAUACAUGAUUAUCUAUACUUCAUAAUAAAGCUAAAUAGUUAACUCG